CCCCGCUGGCAUGUGAGGCGGGAGGUCUAAAGCUUUUCCUGGAUAAGCGUCCCACCCGCAAAUAUCGAAAAUUAUCUCAGGCUUCAUUCUACGCUGCACAUAACAGAACAGGAUGACUCAAAUUGAUGUUUCUACCGAUAUGGGCCCUAACUGGGUUGAACAUACUAGUUUCUCAUCCAAAUUGACUUCGAAACUCACUUUGAGUACAACAGGCUCAAUUGUUCGCGAUCAUGUCGUUCCCAAUGCGCCGAUCAGUGGUACCCCUCUUUGACUCCUCCACUCGAGCAUACUGUUCUCCGCGAAUGUUCUCGACGGCGUCUGCCUUGCUUCAUCGAGUCGCCAGUCCUACAAUACCGAGUACCUCCAUUAAGAUCUUCCGAGAUGUACCUGCGCUUCGCCAAUGGCGUCGCAAACAACUCAUCGAUUAUCGAACGGUUGGUCUUGUGCCAACUAUGGGAGCUCUUCAUGAGGGUCACUUAUCACUCAUUCGUCUCGCUGCUGCAGAAAAUUCAAAUGUGAUAGUGAGCAUAUAUGUUAAUCCAACUCAAUUCGGCGUUCACGAAGAUCUUGAUAGCUAUCCGAAGACAUGGGAAAAGGAUUGCAAGAUGUUGAAGGAUCUCGACAUGGAAUUAGCUGAUAAUGGAAACAUGGGAAAGAUUGCCGCGGUAUUUGCGCCUACAUCAGACACAAUGUAUCCGAGUGGGCCGCCGAGCCAAGAAGUUAAAGCGAAAGGAAGCUUUGUCACAAUCACACCGGUGGGAGAGCUAUUGGAGGGGGCCAGCCGGCCAACAUUUUUCAGGGGAGUGGCCACUGUGUGUAUGAAGUUAUUCAAUAUUGUCAUGCCGGAGAAGGUAUAUUUUGGGCAAAAAGAUGUUCAGCAGACUGUGGUUAUAAAGAAGAUGGUUAGGAUUUCUGCAUGGAUACCAAAGUUGUCAUCGGAGAUACACAAAGAGAGCAUGAUGGUCUGGCAUUAAGUUCAAGAAAUGUUUAUUUAGGAAAGAGGAGAAGAAACAUAGCUACGGCACUAUUCAAAGUGCUCAAAGUAGCCGAGCAGGGAUAUAAAUUUGGACAUCGAUCAAGAGAUGAGCUCUUGGGACCUGCAUUGGAAUUGGCGAAAUUGCUGCUAAUGGAACAGUAUCAAUUGAAGCCCGAGGAACGAGUAAGGUUCGAGGUGGAUUACAUAUCAUUGGCAGAUCCCAUGACCAUGGAGGAGAUCCAAGAGGUUGACGAAACGAAGGGCGCAAUUUUGAGUGGAGCAAUAAAGAUGCUGCCAGUAGAAGCACCACAACCUGGAGAGGAUCUUGGUCUGUCUGAUGGACCUCCAGUAAGGCUGAUAGAUAAUAUUAUAUUAAAACCUGUAAAGUUAUGAGAUGCUGGGAAAUAUAAAUUGAAGAUUACAUAUACUAAGAAAUAAAUGUCAUCUUUGUCCGCCCGCUGUCUUACUCGUCCCAAUUCUUGAUGUAUUAUACCACAAUGUCACCCUCCACAAGUCAACUUCAUCAACAGCAUUCCCUCCAAUUCAGAUUCCACAAAUAGUAACAACAUCUAAAAUAUUCUUCAAAGAUUCCAUCCCAUUUGCAGCCAUAGCUUCUCCUCCAUCACCAUCACCAUCACCAUCACCAUCACCAUCACCAUCACCAUCACCAUCUGAAUAUCCUA